AUGCAUCAUGCAAGAAAGCCUUCAUGGGCACAUGGCAUGGCUGAUAUGUUCCACAGGCUCACAGAUUUGAGUGAUCCAAAGGUUCAAGGAUCAUGUGUUGGAAAACGCCAAAGAUUCAAAAAGAAGAGAAAAAUGCCAGCAAGGAUUGUAUCUUUACUUGAGUGUUCUGAACCAACCACACCACCAUCAAACCAUCACCAACCACACCAGGCUUUCGUGAUAAUAGUGUUAAUCAUAUUAGGAGCCUAUCAGCAGAGUAAAAUUGUAAUAAAUGAGUCUUUAUCAUAUUUAUUAAAAUGUCCUAAUGAAUCUUUGAUAAAAAUUCAAAGUGCUAUAUAUGGCAAAAUUGGCAAUAUAAACACAUGCUUCAAAACUGUCACAGAUGUUGUUCAAAAGUUGUGUAAUGGAAAUAAUAGUUGUUUAAUUUUAUCAUCUAAUUUUGUAUUUGGUGGUGAUCCAUGUCAAAAUAAUGCAAAGUGCACUAUUGUUGAUUAUAAUUGUUAUUUGCGAAGUUCUUUUUUUGUUGAAAAGAUAGAGAAUAAAUAUAGUAACACAACUUUAAAUGCUUUUUAUGAUGAGUUUUUGGUAUCAUUUGUAUUAUUUUCGUAUGGAAAUCAACAAAAAAAUAUUAUAAAUAUCUAUGAUGGAAAUGAUUAUGCAUUGAGAUUAGAUUUUUAUAAUGACCUUUUAAAGGUUACCACAUACACUGAAUCUUAUUUUAUUACAACUGUAAGUAAUACAUGGAAUUCAAUUGUAAUUUCUCAAAAGUUCAUAAACAAUACUUAUGAAAUUACUGGAGCUGUUAAUGGAACUAAUCAAUUUUCUAAAAUAAAUGCUUAUCCAACAGUGUCUACUGAUGUUAUUUUGUAUUUAUUUUCUGAUUGUAUUUUUAAUCUUGAUUGUAAUUAUGGAUAUAUUAAAAUGCUAUCAAUUUAUAGUGAAACGCAAGUCAUAUGGUCUGAAUGGAGUGAGUGGUCUCAUUGUAAUACAUCUUUCAUCAUAAGUAGAUCUCGCAAUUGUAGCAAUAAUCAAUUGUUAAAUUGUUCUGGAAAUAACACGGAGAUUAGAUCAUGCAGCAAUAUUUAUCAAGUUUCAUGGGCAGAGUGGAGUGAUUGGUCAAGUUGCAAUGUUUCCUAUGGAAAUGGUUUUAUGAAGAGAACACGAACCUGUAAUCUAUCAAAUAAUAUAUGUUGUGAUGAUAGCUAUGAAUUAAAAGAAUGCUUCACAUUGUUUUAUUUGGAAAAUGAAACUCAAUUAAUUAAAGACAAUCUUGUUACAACAUUAAGCACACUUUUCAAAGAAUACACUGUGUCCUUUGAAGUAAAACUAACAGCUAUUCAAGGCGGUCCACUUAGUGUUUUUCAUUUGACAACUAAUGGUGAUUACGGUAUAUAUGGAUAUCGAACACCAGCAAUGUGGGUUCAAAAUCCUGGGGUAUUUUAUAUUUGUUCAGCUGUAAAUAGCAAUUUUGAUUAUUGCCAAGUUACUAAAGUUAUUGAACCUAAUAAUUGGAAUUCAAUUAAAAUAUCACAAGAACUUUUUGAAGGGAAGUACAUAUACUCAAUUGAACAUAAUUGCACAACUUUAUUUUCUCAACAAAAUAAUGAUUCACAAGAAUUUUCAAAUGUUAAAGUAUAUGUCGCAGAUCCUUGGUAUAAGGAACAACCUGGGUUUAUUAGAAAUUUUAAAAUUACAAAUGGAAAACCAGGUCAAGCAGCUAUUUGGUCACAGUGGAACGAUUGGUCAAAUUGUAAUGAUACUUUUGGUUAUAUGAACAGGACAAGGAAGUGUAACACCCAAAAUCCUUCUGAUUGGUGCUAUGGUGACAACUUUGACACGAUGGAAUGCUAUGUGUUAUGGACACAAUGGAGAACUUGGUCAAGUUCUAAUGGUUCUUAUGAAUUGAUUAACAGAACAAGGGAAUGCAAUGUUUCAAAUACUAUAGAUUGGUGUUAUGGUAAUCGUGCUGUUGUUGUAGAAAAUUCAGCCUUUUGGACACAAUGGAAUGAUUGGUCAAGCUGUAAUAACACUUAUGGAUUUAGAAACAGAAUGAGAACCUGCAUUGUUUUAAAUGUUAUGGAACGGUGUUACACCUCUAAAUCUGAGUCAUUGGAAUUUUCAGAAGUCUAUUUAAUGGAAGAUGAGACUAAGCUGUCAAAAGGAAAUAUUGUUGCAACAAUAAAAAAACUUAAAAAAGAAUUUUCAGUUUAUUUUGAAAUACUACCAACUGUUUUUUUGUAUGGUUUUCAUAAUAUUAUUCAAAUUACAACUGGAGAUAACCCUUCUAAUUAUGGAUAUCGAAAUCCAGGAGUAUGGUUUCAUGAAAAAGGAACAGGAGAGUUGUUUAUUUGUUAUGACAUAAACAACACUACUAGUCAUUGUAAGAAUACAAAUCCUCUUAAUAAUAAAAGUUGGUCUACAGUUAGAAUAUCACAAAUAUUCAUUGAAGGGAAGUACAUGUAUUCAACUGAACUAAAUGGUGAAAUGAUUAGGAGUGAACAAAAUUCUGAUGCCAGAGAAUUUUCAAAUGUUAAAGUUUAUGCUUCCAAUUCUUGGAAUGAGGUGCAACAAGGUUUUAUUCGAAAUUUUAAAAUAAUAAAUGGAAAUCCAGCAUUAUGGUCCCAAUGCAGUAAUUGGUCUAGUUGUAACACUCUAUUAGGAAUUAAGAACAUCACAUAUGACUACGACACUAUAAAUUCUAAGAAAGUUUGUUAUGGGUUUAACUCUGAAAUAUUGGAAUGUUUUGCUUUUUGGUCACAAUGGAGCAUUUGGACCAGUUGUAAUGCUACAUAUGGGUUUAUGAAUAGAACAAGAGAUUGUAAUAUUUCAAAUACACUUGAUGGUUGUAAUGGUAACCACUCUGAAAUAAAAGAUUGUUAUGCUUUCUGGUCCCAAUGGAGCAACUGGACUAGUUGUAAUGCUUCUCAUGGGUUUACAAACAGGACAAGAGAAUGUAACUCUUCUACUGGUAUUGAUGAGUGCAAAGGAAAUAAAUAUGAAGUAAAGGAAUGCUUUGUUUUUUGGUCACAGUGGAGCAAUUGGACCAGUUGUAAUGUUACACAUGGAUUUAAAAAUAGAACAAGAGAGUGCAAUAGUUCAAGUCCCAUGUAUAGUUGUUAUGGUAACAGCUCUGAAGUAAAGGAAUGUUUUGCUUUUUGGUCAAUAUGGAGCAAUUGGACUGGUUGCAAUUCUACUUAUGGGUUUAUGAACCGAACAAGAGUGUGCAAUAUUUUAAAUUCAAUUAAUCAGUGCUGUGGAAAUGAUACUGAAGUCAUGGAAUGUUUUGUUUUAUGGGGAAAAUGGAAUAGUUGGACUGGAUGUAAUGAGUUUAAUAGGUUUAUGAACAGAUCAAGGGAGUGUAAAGUUUUAAAUACCAAGGAGGUAUGUUUUGGUGAAAAUUCAGAAGUAAUAGAAUGUCCAGCUUAUUGGUCAAAAUGGAGUGAUUGGACAGUUUGUAAUGCUUCUCAUGGAUUAAUAAACAGGACAAGGAAAUGUAACAUUUCUAAUGCAAGAGAUUGGUGUUAUUUUAAUAACUCUGAUGUUUUAGAAUGUUUUGCUAUUUGGGCACAGUGGAACAAUUUGAUUAGUUGUAAUUUUUCUUGUGAAUUUUUGAACAAAUCAAAGAAUUGUAACAUUUCAAAUGUUAUAGAUUGGUGUCAUGGUAGCAAUUCAGAAAUCAUGGAAUGGUUUGAAAAAUGGACAACAUGGAGUGAGUGUUCUGCAACGUGCGGAAUGGGUAAUAGAAGUAAAUAUUCGCAACAUGAAACAAUAAAAUUAAUAAAAGUAGAAAGUUGUUUUCAAAUCAGCUGUCCAGAGGAUGGAAUGUGGGGGGAGUGGAACAAAUCAGAAUGUUCGAAUACAUGUGGUAAAGGAAUAAAAUUCUUAAGUAGAAGUUGCGAUAAUCCACGCCCAUCAUAUAAUGGUCAACAUUGUAUAGGUGUCAGCAAUUAUACUGAAGUUUGCAAUAAUGAUAUAAUUUGUCCACUAAACGGUAAUUGGUCAUUUUGGUCAUCUUGGUCAUUAUGCAGCCAACCAUGUGGAGGUGGUUUACACUCAAGAUUUCGGAGCUGUUCAAACCCUGUGCCGAAAUUUGGUGGUCAGGAUUGCAAUGGAAGCGUUAAGGAGUUAACCAACUGUACAACGCAUAAUUGCAAAAGUGUCAAAUUAAAUUUGAAAGUGAAUUUCAUUGAUGAAAUGUAUAACGAUUGGUAUUCCAUAUUAACAAGUACAGAAUCUUUAUCACUUAAAAAAAAAAUUCAAGAUGCGAUAGCAAAACUUUACUCUAAUCGUAAAGUAAAAUUCAAUGUUGUUAUACAUUCUAUAGAUAACGAUCCUUGAGCGUUUGAAGCAACAUUUUUUUUUGUCUUUAUUAAAAUAUAAGAGCAAAAAGACAGUAUCGAAGCUACGAAAUGGUGAAGAGACUAUCUUAGAGAUUGGUUACACAAAAAGUAAAUAAAUUUAACAAGAUUUUAAUGACUUAGUUGAUAUUAUUUUGGGAGAUGAAUAUUUUUUUACGAAUUAUA